AUGUCUACGACUCAUUCCUAUCUCCAUUUCCAAGUUCCCAGCGAUGUAUCAUUCGAGCUGAAACCCUCGCCAGGCAAAGGAUGGGGUGCUUUCGCCACAAGACGCAUUGGCCGAGGAUCUCUCAUUCUGAGCGAAAAGCCCCUCUUUGUGAUCCGGAGGCCGCAUACAGAAAUCACGGAUUACCAUGUUGCUAUAGCCUUUCAACGAUUGUCAGCCAGCCAGAAAGCACAAUUUUUACUCCUUCGCGACAAUGGAUCGAGGCCUUUCACAAGCAUGAAUGAAGCCUUCGCUGAAAACUCGUUUAACCUGGCAAAUUCAGACCGCGACGAUCAUCCAGCUUAUGGCCUAUUCCUUCUUCACUCGCGCUUCAACCAUUCGUGUUUACCCAACUCGAAGGUUCCAACCCCUAGCGGGGAGAUCAUUUCAAUUUUUGCGACCAGAGACAUAGACUCUGGCGAGGAGAUUACUUUCUGUUAUGACACAGGUUUUGAAGGCAUGAUUAGAGAUGAGCGUCAUAAAGCUCUGCGUUUUGCUUGCGAUUGCAAAGCGUGUCUACCCGGCACUCCCUUCCAACAACUUAGCGACAUGCGACGGCGAUUGAUCCGGGGGCUGCAAUACCUUCUACUUGGCGUGGACUUGGGUGGGCAGAGACAAAUUUCGCAUUCUACAAUCAUUAUCGACUCCAAACUGAAAAUUGCCGCAGAAACCUUCAGGUUGCCUCUUUCAUCUAGAUUGGUGUAUAAUCUCCUGUCUCAUGUUUUGCUCGAAGAAGAGGGAUUGCUCGACGAUUUCAUGAUCGAAAGGCUUAGACCGAGCUUAAUACAUACGGUGGCAUGUUUCGAGACAGACAGCAAUUCCAGUCUUGCUAGGCAUGCUAUUAUCCAAGAAACCUGGCAAAAGAAGUUGGAUGUGGCGUUCACAUUAUAUGGAAGAAAAGAUGCUGCCGAUCAUGAAGUUUCACUACUGCUACAAAGAUUGCGCGGGCUUUCUUAA